ACAACGAAAUACGUCACGGCACAGUGGAGCAAAGGCAAACAGGUUGUUUUAAUCUAGUGGCGUUUGCAUGUCCAAAAUGAAAAUGCUUCCAGUACAGCUAUCACUGAAUCCGCUUAAUCCCGGCAUCUGGGGCGAUGUCAUGUGGCGCUGCCCCCCACCACCGUCCAGUCAGUUGGCUGAGCUCAAAACACAAUUGCCCCCAUCCUUGCCAUCAGAUCCGCGCCUCUGGAGUCGCGACGAUGUGCUCGUGUUUCUCCGCUUCUGCGUGCGUGAGUUCGAUUUGCCCAAACUCGACUUUGAUCUCUUUCAAAUGAAUGGCAAAGCCCUGUGCCUGCUGACCCGCACAGACUUUGGCCAUCGCUGCCCUGGCGCCGGCGACGUCCUGCACAAUGUGCUACAGAUGCUGAUCAUCGAGUCGCACAUGAUGCAAUGGCAUCUGCCCAACAGCCCCGUCACGCCCACCGGCCGCUACCCGCUGUCUCCGCACAGCCACCCGCCGACACCCACCUGGCCACCCUUGAACGCACCUCCCGGAGCCGACCCCGGCGGCAGCAGCAAUCCCUUCCACAGCAGCAGCAGUGUGGCCGCCCACAUGGCCGCCCACCACUUCAUGGCGCCCAACUCGGUGACCCUCAGUCCGCCGCCCUCUGUCGACUCGCAGGCCAGCAGUCCGCCGGAGUCGGCCUCGGGAUACUCGAGUGCCGGCGCCUCAGCAGCAGCCAUGAGCAGCGCGGUCGCCGCAGCGGCCGCAGCAGCGGCGGCGGCAGCAGCAGCCGUUGCCGGCUCCUCCAGUGCGAGCAGCACCACCAGCAAUGGGUCCACAUUGAACGGCUGUGUGCAGCCUAUGAAGGGCAUCCAGUCCAGUGCCAGCAGCAACCACUCCGACUCCGAGGAGGAGUUCGCUGAGUCAGCCAACCAGAGCAACAACAAUAACAGCAGCAGCAGCAACAAUGGCAGCAACAGCAACAACAGCAACAGCAACAACAACAGCAGCAACACCAACAGCAACAACAAAGCUCUGCCUCUGGCGCCGCUCUCCUACAGCGCAGGCAGUCCGCCGGGCACGCCCAUUCACAAGGAUAUGAAACCCAACUGGACGCAGCAGCUGACCAACAGCUUUGUCAGCUCCUGGUCCCAGCAGCAACAGCAGCAGCAGCAACAACAACAACAGCAGCAACAACAACAGCAGCAGCAGCAACAGCAACAACAGAAGUUGACACUGGAGAAUGCAGCGGGCGCCAUUGUGGCUGCAGGGGGUGGCUCGAUAUCCGCCCCAACCACGCCCAGUUAUAUGUACAAAGCGAAGCGGGAGUUCUUUCCGGAGAACUCGGAGCCAAAUACGAACGGCCGCCUCCUGUGGGACUUUCUGCAGCAGCUGCUGAACGACCGCAACCAGAAGUACAGCGAUCUGAUUGCCUGGAAGUGCCGCGACACGGGCGUCUUCAAGAUCGUCGAUCCCGCCGGCCUGGCCAAGCUGUGGGGCAUCCAGAAGAACCAUUUAUCGAUGAACUAUGACAAGAUGUCGCGCGCCCUGCGAUAUUACUACCGUGUCAACAUUCUGCGCAAGGUGCAGGGCGAGCGGCAUUGCUACCAGUUCCUGCGUAAUCCCACGGAGCUGAAGAACAUCAAGAACAUAUCGCAGCUGAGGCAGACGGCGACGGCGUCAGCGACACCUGGCGAGCAGGUGGGCAGUCCGUCGGCCAGCAGUUGGAGUCAGCAGCAGCAGCAGCAACAACAGCAACAGUCGCCCCAGCGUCCCGCAUCGCGAAAUGCCCAGCCCAUGGCUCUGCCCACGGCAGCAGCKGUUGCUGCUGCUGCUGCGGCCGCUGGCUAUGGACCGCAGCCGACGUCGCCGCUCUUCAUGCACGCCUUUCACUUCCUGUCCGCUGCCGCCGCAGCGCCGCCGCCCAACUCGCCUGGAUCCGUGGCCUGCCUGACUCCGGGCGCCGCCACCUCAGCGCCUGGCGACAAAUUCCAAUUUCACCCGCUGAAGCUGGAGAGCGCCAACGACAGCGCUGGCGAGGAUCUGAAGCCCACGGACCUGAGUGUGAGCAGCAAGACUGCGAAUGUGAAUGCGAAUGCAAACGCCAAUGCGAACGGCAAUGCGAAUGCGAAUCUGAAUGAGGAUUGCUAUCCGCUCAUACGUAAUGCGGAUGGCUUGACCACCAUUAAGCUGAUACGCCAGUCGGAGCACAAGGCGGAGGCAAGCGAGCAGCUGACGGCGGCUGCAGGUGGCAGCCACAGCGCUGCCAACUCACCUCGGCCCAUGGAUGCAGUCGAGCGGGAGCGGGAACGGGAACGGGAAAGGGAACGGGAGCGGGAAAGGGAGCGAGAGCCACAAGCUGUGCCCAUGGAUAGUGAAUGCAAUGGCAGCGAGGAUGCGGCAUUUAGGCAUAUGCAUUAGGCACACGCACACACCUUU